AUGAAGCUAGCAGCAUGUUUGCUACCACGCCGCCUUCCUAGUCAUCAACAUGCGUUUCUGCUCCCCUUCCUCACCCAGCCUCCACCACUAGCAUCGCGAUCGUACUACAGCAAGAGCCACACAAGCUCAGAGCUCGAGUGGGACGCCGAAACCCUUGAAGCGAUGCGAUCCUCUUCCCGCACUGCUUCCGCCUCCUCGAAAAAGAAGCCGCCGAAAACAUGGGCCUCCACCCACACCACCAAGUCCAGCGAUGCUACCGCAACUACACGCGUUCGCACCACCACCAAAAGCAAAUCCCCCUAUAUAGUAUAUCAAUGGAAACAGACUCCCGAACAAAAAGCAAAAGAAGCACGACUCAAAGAUCUCGAACAAAACCUCCAAGUCUACACCCAUACCAUUCCUGCUGGACCACCUCACGUCGUUGGAACUGCAUUUCUUCAACCCCUCAGCAAGCCUUCGUCGUCUUCUGUCACCCUCGACCAACCCAUUUCUCCCUCAUCCGCCGAACCUCCCAGCUCCCACCCUCUCCACGCGUAUGCGCGCCUCAAAGCACCCAGCAUAGCCUACACAGCAGAUUUCGAUGAAGCACAAGACCUUCUCUCCUGUCUCGGUCCCGGACCAAUGGGUCUCGAUCUCGAAUGGAACAUAAGUCGCUUCGUCGGCGCAAGUCGCACCGCUCUCCUCCAAAUUUGCAGUCCCACCCUAAUCGUCAUCCUCCACCUCUCCGCUAUGUCGCACCGCAUCCCCCCUCUUCUUCGUACCAUUCUCGAGGACCCAACCAUCAUCAAAACAGGAGUCGCAAUCAAAAACGACGCUCUCAAACUCCAGCGCGAUUAUUUCAUCCACACCCGCAAUGCACUAGAGCUUGGGAAUCUAGCAAAGCUCGCCCAGCCGCAAAAGUGGGCAGGCGUGAACCAUUUGAUUAGUCUGAGGGAUCUAACGAGGAUCUAUCUGGGGAAGAAGUUGAAGAAGGACAGUGUGCGGGUUAGUGAUUGGGAGAGGUUUCCACUGGAGAAAGGGCAGAUAGAGUAUGCGGCGAGUGAUACGUUUGCUAGUUUGGAGGUGUUGAGAGCGAUAGCCGAGUAUUUUAGAGGGGAGGGAAAGGGGCCUGGCAAGGAAAAUGAGAUGGGGUUGGAGGAGGCGUUAAAGUUGAGUGCUUAUGAUCUGUGGCUGGAGAGGAUGCAAUCCAGUGCGGGUGAGAAACAGAAAGACAUUUUAAGGGCGGCGUUGAAAGAGGUUCAGCCCGCACCGCAACCGCAGCCACAGCCGCAGGUGCAGGAGAAAGCAAAAGCAAAACCGCACGCCACCACUUCUACCAAUCCCCAGCCCAAAGCCAAAGCCAAAGCUAAACCUAAACCCGCAUCUACCACCACCACCUCAUCCUCAGAUGAUGAAGGGAUACAAGUAACCAAAGUCCUUCUAGCCCACGAUCGAGCCAUGCAGUCAUGGCUCUACUCCUCCCAGACCCUCACACAAAUCGCCACCUCUUCUGGCAUAAAACCCAGCACCGUCGUUCAAUACCUGCUCAAAGCUCUGCUACUUGCCAAGCAACGCCGUGCCAAAUCCCCCACAAAGGGUAGUACAACGUUUACUAUACUGGACGAUUUCAGCAUAGCGGACAGAUUAAGGCUAGAUAAAGAGUUGGGGGACAAAGAGGGCGGAUCGCAGAUGUCGAUUGCGAGGAGUCGGUUUAGAGCGCUGGCUAAGACUUUGGGUUGGGGUUCCGUUGAUAGCUGGAGUGACAGCGAGGGGAGUGAAGUGGAGAAGGGCAAGAAGGGGGGAGGUAGGGGGACGGGUGUGAUUGAAGUCGAAAGUAGUGAUGACGAUGAUGUGGGGGUUGAUGUUGUUGAUGUUUCUCGCUAG